AUGGGUUCCAUUGCAGAGGAGGAGGCAAUGCAAGACCUAACAGGCAGUGAGGAGAGGAUUAUUGUUUCUGUUCGUGUGAGACCUUUGAAUGAAAAGGAACGCGCAAGAAAUGAUCUGUCUGAAUGGGAAUGCAUUAAUGACACAACCAUCAUGUACAGGAGCAACCUUUCAGCUACAGAGAGGUCCCUGUAUCCAACGACUUAUACAUUUGAUCGAGUAUUCAGGAAUGACAGCCACACAAGGCAGGUGUAUGAAGAAGCAGCUAAGGAAGUUGCUCUUGCAGUUCUCAGUGGCAUCAACUCAAGCAUUUUUGCAUAUGGACAAACAAGCAGCGGAAAGACAUACACCAUGAGUGGUAUUACAGAGUACGCCGUAGCAGAUAUUUUCAACUACAUUGAAAAGCACACGGAAAGGGAUUUUGUUUUGAAGUUUUCAGCAAUGGAGAUCUAUAAUGAAGCCGUCAGGGACCUCCUUAGCGUUGACAGUACGCCUCUCAGACUUCUUGAUGAUCCAGAGAAAGGGACAGUUGUUGAGAGACUUACAGAGGCAACUUUAAGGGACUGGAACCAUUUUCAAGAACUUAUUGUUUUCUGUGAAGCUCAAAGGCAGAUAGGGGAGACAGCCCUGAAUGAAGUGAGCUCAAGAUCUCAUCAGAUUCUUAGAUUGACAAGUGAAAGUUCUCCGCGUGAAUUUAUGGGAAAUGACAAAAUGAGCUCCCUUGCCGCUUCUGUGAAUUUCGUUGAUCUUGCUGGGAGUGAGCGGGCAUCUCAAACUAAUUCAGCUGGUACGAGGUUGAAAGAGGGUUGCCACAUAAAUCGUAGUUUACUAACUCUAGGAACUGUCAUACGUAAACUGAGAACUUUACCACCCAAGCAACGAUCUUUUAGAGAAGCUGGAAGAUGGUUCACUUUUAUAAACAUAUUGCUUUAUGGCUACAUGAGCAAGGGGAGAAAUGGACAUAUUCCUUUCAGAGAUUCAAAGCUAACCCGCAUACUGCAGUCCUCAUUAGCAGGCAAUGCUAAAACUGCGAUCAUCUGCACCAUGAGCCCUGCAAGGAGCCAUGUUGAACAAACCAGAAAUACCCUUUUAUUUGCUACUUGUGCUAAAGAAGUGACAACCAAUGCAAAAGUCAACGUAGUGAUGUCUGAUAAGCUGUUAGUCAAGCAACUGCAAAAAGAGUUAUCUAGACUGGAAAGUGAGUUGAGAAAUUCCGGGCAAAUGCGCCUUAAAUCGGAUACUUCAGCAUUGCUGAAGGAAAAAGACCUCCUAAUUGAGAUGUUAAAGAAAGAGGUAAUGGAUCUGACGAUGCAGCGGGACCUUGCUCAAUCUCAAAUUAAGGAUAUGCUUCAAGUGGUUGGAGACGAAACGUCCUCGACUGAAUUGGACAGUUUGGGUCAUAGAUAUCCCAAAUUACGUGUGCGAAGUUCAUUUGACUUGGAAAAUAGAACUUCCGAACGACCACAUUUAUCAAGUUUUGACUGUAUUGAGAGUGUCAGAUCUUUUGAUGCAUCUCAAUAUUCAGAUGGACAUAGUAUUAGUUCUGAUGAGAACUAUUUCCAACUCCCUGAUUUGGAAAAGAGUCUUCCCGUCAGGAUUUCUUCCUCUGCGUUUUCCAUUGAUAGUCUUGAUGGUACAAGUAAUGAUUUGGAUCAGAAAAGCGCUCAAGAUCAGCAUGAAGAUGAUUUAGAGGAACGUUGCAUGGAAGUUAGGUGCAUUGAGUCAGAAGAUAUAUUUACAAACACCCAUACACACUCAAAUCCAGCAGAUAUAAAUGAAAAUUUAUGCACAGAUUCUAUUGCAUCAUCUCCAACCGUCUCAGGAUUAACCGAAGUUGAUAAUAGAGACAAAGAAGAUCCAGAUUCUCGUUCAGCUGCGUUAAAGGACAACAAAGAAAUAAGCAGCGUGCAAGAACGUUUUGUUCUUCCCUCUCCAAAGAAAAUAUCUCUAUCGCUAACACAAAUUGGUGCAUCUAGUUCUAAAACUGUGAAAUUAACCAGAAGCAGAAGUUGUAAAGCAAGUCUCAUGAGAGAUCCGUCUUCAGACUGGUUUGACCUAAAAGAAAUGAUUCAGAACACCGCCCCAAUAGGAAUUGAAAAAGACUUUAAUGGAAGACCCGAGGGCCUUCACAGAAUGACUUUUGCUCUCAAGUAUGAUGUCAAUGUUCAGAGGUUAUCAUGGACUGGUCACGAGAAUUCCACGGGAAGUGCUGUAGAUGCACAGAAUAUGAAAACUUACUCUGAUAUCGAAAGUUAUAGCGAUAAUUCAUUAGCACCGGGAAGAAAGGAAAAAGAUCUUGAAAGUUCAAGUCUACAAGCGAACCCUGAGGUUCCAGAAACUGGAUUGCAGUCCGAUGAUACUGCAAAGAAAUUGAAAGAUGUGGGUUUGGAUUCAGUGCAAUCUGAGGAAGAAAAACAGUUGGCAUGGACUUCGGAAUUUAAGCGGCUACAGAAAGAGAUUAUUGGACUCUGGCAUGCUUGUCAUGUUUCAUUGGUUCAUAGGACUUACUUUUUCCUUCUAUUCAAAGGAGACCCGUCUGAUUCUAUCUAUAUAGAAGUAGAGCUAAGAAGGAUGUUGUAUCUCAAGCACACCUUUUCCAAUGGGAAUCAGACUGUUGAAGACGGAUAUACCCUUACGCUUGAAUCAAGCCAGAGGUAUCUGAGAGGUGAGAGACAGAUGUUGAGCAAACAAAUGGAGAAGAAGCUGUCAAAAUCUGAAAGAGAGAACCUGUAUGUUAAAUGGGGGAUUCGUUUGAGUUCAAGGCAUAGAAGGUUGCAGCUGGCCCAUCGCUUGUGGUCAAAAACAGAAGACAUAGACCACAUUAGAGAGAGUGCCAUCAUUGUUGCAAAGCUGGUUGGUUCAGUAGAGCCAGAUCAGGCUUUCAAGGAGAUGUUUGGGCUUAACUUUGCCCCGAGGUGCACAAAAAAGAAAUCUUUUGGUUGGACAUCUAGCAUGAAGUAUAUUUUGUAA